AUGUAUUCAUUUGUGACCCCUGCUUUCUCAGGUCCUCCUCCGUGGCCAUCUGCCAGCAGCGGACCGUCGACCUCUUCGAUCCUCCCUCGAGCGCCAUGCGAGAUCCCCAUCUUCGCCAAUGCCGCCUACUACCCCAACUGGAGGAUCUACAAGAAACAGCCGCCGUCCUCGCUGCGGCUGGGAUUUGUCUCCCACAUUUUCUAUGCGUUUGCCUGGGUGAAGGAAAAUGGCGAAGUUUAUCUCAGUGACGAAUGGGCCGAUGCACAGAUGCCCGUGGAUGGUACAGAAGGCUGUUUGCGGGCGUUCACUCAGCUGAAGCAGCAGUACUCCGAAAUGAAAGUCAUCCUUUCCAUAGGCGGGGGCGGCAAGGGCAGUGAGAAUUUCGCCAAAGUAGCCAGAAACCCGCCGGCGGUAGAGAUCUUUGCAAGAAGUGCCAGAGCCUUGGUAGAUCAGUUCGGCCUGGAUGGAAUUGACAUCGACUGGGAGCAUCCAUCAGACUCGCAACAAGGCCGCGACUACCUCUAUCUUCUAUCUAGGUUGAGAGAGGCGUUGCCGUCCCCACGAUUCCUCCUGACAACCGCGCUUCCGGCAGGGGAAUGGGCGCUACAACAUAUCGACCUAGCCAGCGUUCAGCAGUGCGUGGAUCUUCUCAUGGUCAUGUGCUACGAUUUCUCUGGACCCUGGGUCAAUCGCACAGGCCACCAGUCUCAGCUCUUCACUCCGCGUCAUCCACACAACGAGGCCGCCUAUAUUUCCUGUCAAUCGGCGGUGACGUAUAUAUUGUCACGGGGGGUGAAUCCAAAGAAAAUUCUACUGGGAGUACCCGUCUACGGUCGAUCAUUUCUAGGUUCGGAUAACAUCAACCAGCCAUACUCAGGCCUUGGAGGAGAAGAUGGAGCUUUCGACUACUGCGAUCUCCCACGGCCUGGGGCCAAGGAGCAUCACGAUGAUGCCGUUGGAGCGGCGUACUGCACCGGUGGUGACGGCGGAUUCGUUACGUACGAUACGCCUCGAACGGUGCAGCAAAAGGCCAAAUUUGUGACGAAUCUGGGGUUGGGGGGCUUGUUCUACUGGCAUAUCACUGCCGAUAAACGUGGAGCGAAGAGUCUGAUCGAGACGGGAUACAACACGCUGCACGACAUGUAA